UCUUCGUCCCCUGUAAAAGCUAAACCCAACUCCACUGCCAUGACAACUGUUAAUUUGCCAAGCAUCAUUUCCCCUCACAACUGAGGCGUCCAUUAAUUGGUACUAGCUUUCUUCCUUGCUGUCUCUCUUCUUCUUCUUUUCUUCUUUCCCCUUUCUCUUCUGCUUUUCGAUUUCAUUUUCAUUCACGCAAUUAUUACUCUAUUGCAACUCAUGUUUUUAUUCAAGAUCGUCAGUUGUUUCUCCAAUCACCACUAUAAUACCCCUGUUUAUUCCAUCAUAUAUCUUAAUAAAUUUGUUAAUUUGUUUAGUACUUCAAAUUCAACCCAAAUUAGUGAAAUCCCAGAAACAUCUAGUCCAAUUUCAGCGAUUUCUGAGAUCAUAGCUAAACAGCAUUGGAAAUAAUUGAGAGAAAUUUUGAAAGAAACGAACCCUAAUAAAAUUUUGCAACAAUUGUUUGAUUCUAAGUCUAAUCUACGCGUGAUUAUUCAGUAUUUUAAAUGGUUGGAGGGAACAUAUGGUUUGUCGCAUGACAUUGUGGUGUAUAUUAAGCUUUUUUAUUUGUUAGCUAGUGAGAAAUUAUAUGGAGAAAUUAGGAAGUUGUUGAAUGUGUUUGUGAGGAAUGGGAAGUACUCGAAUUCUGAGAUUUUUCAUGCUCUGUCGAGGUUUGAUGACUCUGCUGGGGUUGAUUCGAUGCUGGUUGAUACGCUGAUUCAGACAUAUGUGAUGAGUUUGAAGGUUGGUUUGGCAGUUGAAGCGGUUGGGCGAGCUUGGCAAUAUGGGUUCAGGCUAUCACUUUUGUUGUGUAAUCUGUUGUUAAGUGCUUUGGUUGAUGAAGGGAAGAUAAAGAUUAUGGAACAUGUGUAUAAGGAGAUGAUUAGGAGGAGAGUACAUCCUAAUCUUGUAACGUUUAACAUGGUAAUUAAUGGGUUUUGUAAAGUUGGUCAGUUGCAACGGGCGAGUGAUCUUUUGGAGGAUAUUAAAUUAUGGGGUUUAUCUCCAUCAUUUGUCACGUAUAAUACUCUUAUUGAUGGGUGUUGCAAGGGGGCGAGGGUUGGAAAGAUGGAUAAAGUGGAUGCUCUUUUGAAAGAAAUGAUGUCAAUGAACAUUAGUCCGGAUGAGAUUACCUACAGUACUCUUAUUGAUGGGUUCUGUAAGGAUCAAAACUUGCUGGCUGCUUUGAAGGUUUAUAAAGAGAUGCAUAGCCAUGGAUGGAAGCCUGGUCUUAUUACUUAUAUAACCUACUGAUCAGGGGGU